CUUUGCGUGAAGCUCUUCUGGCAAGUCUCCUCACAUCAGCAGUUUUUCUUUUACUUCAAGGGUUACUUAUUUUUUGUGCGCUUUGCCUGUAAACUUUUCUUUCAAUUCGAAUUUUACCAAUUAAGAAAUAAUGUCGGUAGUUAUUGAAACUACGAUCGGUGAUAUGACGGUCGAUCUAUUCACUGAAGAAAGGCCCUUGGCUUGCCUGAAUUUCCUUAAACUCUGCAAAUUGAAAUACUAUAAUUAUAAUUUGUUUCACACGAUCGAACAAGGAUUCAUAGCACAAACAGGUGAUCCUACAGGAUCUGGUGAUGGGGGCGAUUCGAUUUUUGGCGUGCUACAGGGACCGCAGAAGCGGUUUUUUCAAGCGGAAAAUCUUCCUAAAAUAUAUCACAAGAAUGCUGGUCUUAUAUCUUUGGUGGGCGCAGGAAAGCAUUUAGUGGGGAGCCAAUUUUUCUUCACUUUAGGCGAAGAUCUUGAAUCUUUAGACGGCCAACAUUGUGUAAUUGGAGAAGUGGUAGAAGGCAGUGAGAUUUUACGUAAGCUUAACGAAGCAAUUGUUGACGACAAAUUCAGACCUUAUCAAGAUAUCCGUAUUACUCAUACCGUGAUAUUAGAUGAUCCAUACGCGGACCCCAGAAGUUUUCGUGAGCCCAGCCGUUCACCUUCUCCUACACCGGAAAGGCUAAAAAACGGUCGCAUCGCAGCAGAUGAAGAUAUCGAUGAUACAGACGGCAAGACCAUGGAAGAAAUUCAAGAAAUGCUAGCAGAACGUGAAGCUAAAGCAAGAGCUACUAUUUUGGAAAUAGUUGGUGAUUUGCCAGAUGCAGAAAUGGCUCCCCCAGAAAAUGUCUUAUUUGUUUGCAAAUUGAAUCCCGUAACAACCGAUGACGACUUGGAAAUUAUAUUUAGUCGCUUUGGCAAAGUUAAAACUUGCGAAGUGAUACGAGAUCGUAAGUCGGGAGACUCCCUGCAAUAUGCUUUUGUAGAGUUCGACGAGAAAAAGGCGUGCGAAGCGGCUUUCUUCAAAAUGGACAAUGUGCUUAUUGAUGAUCGCAGAAUUCACGUAGACUUUUCACAGUCCGUAGCUAAAAUUAAAUGGCGUGGUAAGGGCCGGGGUGUAGAAGGCGAUAGCAGAAGCUUAGAUUUCAACAACUUACGAAGCAGCAAACGCGAAAAUCAGGAUACAAGAAACCAAACAUCAGGAAGAAGGAGGAGAGUAGAAUACAGUCGAGACAGAAGAAGGACUCGUUCGAGAUCCCGCAAGCGUCGCGAAAUUUCUUCGGUAGAAAGAAUGAAAGCUGGAGAAGAAUACCAUCAUAAACAUGAAAAUCGUAAGCGUUUCUCAAGACCUCUUUCAAGGUCAAACGACUGCAAAGGAUCAUCUUACGGAGAAUAUAGUCGCGAAAGACAAGCCGGGUAUAGCGGCAAAUAUCACACUUCAAAAGAAGGAAAUGGAAAGCAAGCUUUACACAAACGAGAUAAAAAUACUCAUGCACGUAGGACUUACGAAAAACGUCUAUCUCGCAAAGCAGGUCAGAGAAAUCUGGAAAGACACCAACGUGGCGUACAUUCAAAGGAAAGCAAGGAAAAGAAAAGUAGAAAAUAUAAGAAAAAAUCCUCUCCUAGUAGCAGCAGUAGUAGUAGCAGUGAAAGUUCUUCAGAAACUGAGACUAGCAGUGAGAGCGAUUCCUCCAGUUCGAGCGAUGAUACUUCAUCUACUUCUUCAUCUGUUACAAGCAGUUCGGCAGAGGAACACAAAAAAAAGAAGGUGAUACGCAUGAAGGCCCAAAACAAAAAACACGAAAUCGAAAAACAUCGGAAAUAAAAUUUCCUAAACGAACUA